AAAUUAUUUCAUAGUCUAACUGCACGAACCGCUAUUGCAAUUGCGUAAAUGACCUUCCUGUCCUAAAGAAGAAUAUUCGCCGAGGAUGUCGACUCUACUUUCAUCAUCUUUCUUUUCACAUCCAGCCAGUAGCUUUCAAAACUACUUUCUCACGAACGUCGAGAACGAAAAGAAUUUCUACAAAUCAGCCAAGGUUGAAGAUUAUGACCUAGACAUAUUGUCCGAGGAUUUCUACCAACAUCUCGACGAUCUCGACUCACCUUUGUACAUCGACGAGCAACAAGCUUGGUCUUUAGACGAUGAGGACGAGAUUUCAAGUCUUGCUGUGAGCUUACAGAACACGCUACUCCUUCAGAGGCAAAAGAAGAGACCAAAACGACCACCAGAGGGAUAUCUAUGUCACCUUUGCUUCUGCAAGGGCCAUUAUAUCAAAGACUGUCCUCAGGCUAGACCAAAGGGAGAGGGCCUCACUCCAUACCAAGGGAAGAAACGAUGUUUUGGAGAAUUCAAAUGUCCUCUGUGCAAGCGAAAGUGGAUGAGUGGUAACAGCUGGGCGAAUACUGGGCAACAGUGUAUUAAGUGCUACAUAAAUGUGUAUCCGCAUAAGCAAAGACCGCUGGACAAGCCUGACGGUCUCGACGUAUCCGAUCAGACCAAGGAACAUCCUCAAGAUCUCUGUGAAAAAUGCAAGGGCCUCGGUUACUAUUGUCGCCGGGCUCAACAGAGUUAAGAAAAUUAGACCCUCUUAGUGAUGCCUAAGUUCAAGGAACACUGGCAAACUCGGCAAUUUUGGAUUUACUCAGGGGUGGGGGUAGGUAGUAUUUUGAAAACGAGUGAUUUUGAUAGCCUUUUUAGAUUGUCUUCUGUGAAGACCACAUCACCAGCUGCCAUGUAGCCGUGAUUAUCUCUGAUGAACCGGGAGUAUUACAUCAUUUGAUGUGAUCUCUCUGUUCUCAUUGAAAUCAUACGCGCCUUAAAUUUGAAAAUAUUGUCGACAUCUACUCCACUUGAAAGGGAGACCAAAUUGCAGUAAAUGAGAUCCUUUUUUAACUUAUCUAAAUCAUUGUAAAUUAUUUCGCUUGCUUGGUUUGAACUGGGACGAAGUCUUACUCUAUAGUACUGUUUACACAUACUUAUUUUAUGGUCGCGAAGAGUUUUGUACAAUGUCGUCAGAAUACAGUAUUUUAAUAAGGAAAAUAGUUAGAUAAAGAAAAAAAUUCUAUUUAGUAUUCUACUUUAUGACGCGUCAGAUUUACGUUUUUUUUUUGGCUGGCCGAGUGAACGUUUGACAUGUUCCAAUCAAACACAAAAUCGUUUUUUUUUUAAUGCCAGGAAAUUUAAAGGAAAUUGGAAUUUUGGUAUAUACUUUACCAACACAACAAAAUGUUUGUUUUAUUUCUAUAUAAAGAAUAAUAGAUGAAAACUAUUUUGCGAGGUUAUUUUCAGCUACUCAGAAAUUUAUUUUCAAACAAAUGAAAGAUAUGACGAACUGGAGUUGUAUUCAUUUAUUGCAUUUACACCGAGGGAGUAAUAUUUUCUACAUAAAAAAAUUAUCUUUAGAUUCAAGUGGUUUUGUUGAUAUUGCUGUGAUUGUAAGUAAUCGUUAAUUCCGGAUAUCAGGUUUUUUGCAGAAAUGUUAUUGUAUUUCUCUCAAAAGAUACCAUUGGCUUUUAUGCUGAGUAUGUACAUUUAAAAUUAGUUAUAGUUUAAAGGGUUUCGUUUGCCUUUAUGAGUAUGAAAUACAGAGGAAUUUUUCAAUGGUUUUCCAUUAGAGAAGUUUUCAAUGGAGUGUCGAAAAGAAUCCAGGACCUCAUAGGUUCCUCUUUCCCUCUCUAUGAUUGGUUCAGAAAACCCGCACCAUCCUCUCAACCAAUUAGGAGCAAAACUAACAACAGGAUGGCCCGCGUUUUCCCGCGCUUUGGGUAGCAUGACUGUUUUUGCUUUGAAUUCUCAUUGGCUCUUAAAAGUACUUUCCUUUCAUCUGAUUGGCUGUUGCGAUUACUUUGGUUUUGGGUUUACGACACUCAAUCGUAAAGAGCUCUUUUAAAGCAGAGGAAAGCAUGCAUUAUUUUAAAAUUCUCGAGUUACAUUCACAAUCGACGAAUGGGACGGAAAAAUCAACAUUUGCUUCUUACCUCGCGCUUAACUGGCUACUAUUUUAAACAAAGAAGCACAGAGAUUUCGAAAAUGUUACUUAUUAUAUCUUUACAAUAUACUUCUAGGUCAUUUGAAAGCGUUCUGAUAAAGUUUUUAAUUAAUACUAUACACGUUAUAGUGUAGAGUGAUAGUGUGUUGAUAUAAGAGAUCAUCAAGAGAAACUCGGAGAUAUAUUGUCAAUUAUUGCGUACGCUAGGACAACUGAGGAGAAUUUAGUGUUAUUUGCUUCUUUUGUCAACGACGAGGCACAAUUUAGACCAAAAAAAAAACAAGUGAGAAAAUAUUAUGUUAUUAUUUGGUGGAAAAACUGUUUAAUAAACUUGU